CAUGUAUAUUCGACACACACAAAAUUCCCACUCUUCUCCCCCAUGCUUAAACCAUGUCCAACCCUCUCCCACCACCACCACCACCUCCUCCGUCCUUACCUUCAACCUCCCACCACCAUUACCACCUCCACCAACCACCGCAAACCACCACACUAACCACCGCCACCAACCGUGAAUACCGCAAAGGGAACUGGACAAUCCAAGAAACUCUGACUCUCAUCACCGCCAAAAGAAUCGACGACGAACGCCGCGCCAGGCCUUCCACGAGCACACCGUCGAGACCAGGCGAAUUAAGGUGGAAGUGGAUCGAGAACUACUGCUGGGAUCACGGCUGUUUCCGCAGCAAAAACCAAUGCAACGACAAAUGGGAUAACCUCCUCCGCGACUACAAAAAGGUCCUGCAGUACCAAUCGUCGUCGUCGUCCCAACAAUCGCCGUCGUACUGGUCCAUGGACAGACAGCAGCGUAAGCUCCACAACUUGCCCACCAACAUGUCCCCUGAAGUCUUCGAAGCACUCAACGAUGUUCUUCAAAGAAAACACACCACCCAUCAGCAACAGCAACAGCAACAGCAACAGCAACAACAACAACAACAGCAACCUUUGGUUUCUCGAUCGCCGAAGCAACUAGCCGGUAAGACAGAGCGGAGGGCGCCGGAGGUUGAAGCUCCGGCGACGGUUUCAGAAGAGUCCGGUUCCUCAGAGACAGAGCCAAGUGAAAAUCUGGAUUCGGAGACUAAACGUAAAAAGGUUCGAAAAAUCGGUUCGAGCAUAAUGCGGAGUGCCUCCGUGUUAGCUCGAACCCUUAAAAGCUGCGAAGAGAGAAAAGAGAAACGGCACCAACAAGUGAUGGAACUGGAACACCGUCGACUCCGGAUCGAAGAGACUCAGAACGAAGUCAACCACAAAGGGAUGACGGAUCUCGUUGCGGCCAUGACCAACUUAUCCGGUGCUAUUCAAUCCCUCAUCGCCAACCAUUAUGAUAAAACGUGAAACCUUUCAUUUCUCUACGUACCAAAUUUUAUUUGUGGACUUUGCUCAAUUCUUUCUUUAAUGAUAUUUAAUUAUGAUUAU